GUUAAGUUGGGUUUCCUGUGUGUCCUUGUUUUUGCCAAACGUUUGGAAUCGCUGGGCAGAUAUCGAGUGCUAGUACCUAUACUUUCAUAGGAGUUUUUUUAAAUUUAGCAACAAGAUCUUCAAGAUGUGGCGCUAAGUGCAUUUUUAGAGUCUUUGGGAUUUUUUUCUCAUUUACUGACAACGCCUGCGGACUGGGAACUAUCUCUCGUCCCAGAUCUCCAAGAGUUUUCUCGUGACUUGAAGUCGACAACAAAAAACCCGUGAAAAAUGUGCUUCGACUUAUUAUAAACUGACUUUAGAAGUCAACAAUACAUAAUUCAGGCUUGCAUACCAUGAGAUUCAGGAAUCGUAAUUGCACCACAGUGCUGGAAUCUCGCUUAUGACCACAAGAUAGGGUGUUGGUUAUGACCAAAAAUAAUUAAAAUAUGAAACAUACACAAAUAUACUUUCAAUGACUGGGCUGAAAAAUUAUUAAAGAAAAGUCGUUAUGGAUAAAUCUCCCAAGAAGAGUCCCACCAAAGGUACCCCUAAGCCUUCCCAGAAGCCACUUGUUUCACCAAAACCGAAGGAUAUUUAUAAGAAAACAUCUAAAGCAGUUCCAACUAAAGAUAAGAAAGACACUUGUGGGAAGACUGAGUUUGUGAAUAAUUCAGAUGAUGAGUUCCUUGGUAAACGUGAAAGAAGCUUGUCAGAUGGUUCUGUGAAGAGUCUGAGUUGGGUUUGUAGUGAGCCGCCCGAGGAAAAUGCCUCCGCUCACUUACCCGCGAAAAGAACACGCAGUAACACCACUAAUAAAGAAAUGUGGGUGUUGCCGUUGACGACACCAACAGAURAAAUGCCCAAAUCACAGCAAAAAGAUGACAAAAAGAAACCAUUGUCACCCGAGCCUGUGAAGCCACCACGACCUAAAAGAGCUAAUUCCUUCAAACAUGAAGAUAAAGAUAAGUCAACMGGAGGWGCAAAAUCAAAACCYAAAAGCCCAGAACCUGUAAAGCCACCUCGCAGAAAGCUCCCACAACUGCCCAAAACAAAUCCAGAGGAACAAAAACAAGGAAMGAAAAWAGAACCAAAAGAAGAACAGCGUGACGUUGUCAGCCGACCAAUCGUCACAUCWACUCCCUUUCAAGAAAACAUGACUUUAGCUGUUGAAGGUGAAACCAGCAGUGGACGAAGAGUCUUGUCAAUUUAUGAUGACUCCACAGAUACUACAGUACAGCAAGGACAAUCUUUYUAUGACUUUCUCUAUUCUGAUGAAGGGUCCUCACAAGCAGGGGCUUUGUCAGGGUCUCAAAUAAGGGACCUGUCAGAUAACAACAUCUAUGAUGAUGUCCCACUUGAGAGUUCCACUCAAAGUCUUGACAGUGUGGGCAAAAGAACUAGUAGUAAUAGUUUUGGUAUCUAUGAUGAAGUCAUUAUUAAUAAAGGUAGGAAAAAAGAAUUAUUAAGUUCGCCUUUUCAUUCUCCUAGAGAAGAGACAAAAGGAAGGACUCUGUAGAUGCCAUUAUUUUCUUGUUUAUACUGCCAAUCUCCUAGA